UGCUAAUCUGCCUUCCCUGGACUCACGAUCAUGCAACUUUAGCGUUCUUGGAGAUUAUCUUCACCUAGCCAGAAAUCGAGAAAAUUGUCUUGGCCGCGAAGGCGAGCAUAGCCAUAGUGCCUUGCUAACGUCUGCGUCUGUACUUUCGCCCCCGCCGUGACAGCGGUCGGAAAGGUCCUGGGUUGGCUUCGCAUCUUCAAGCGGCGAGGACCUAGAUUUCUAGAUACGCACAGAAGUCUUAGUGUGGCGUUGUGAUUCAUUUUCCUCAUCGGGUACCUAUCAACACGUUAUUUAACGAGGAACAGCAGACGCACCUUCGCUGCAAUAUUUCACGACGAUCGAACCCAAAGGAAAAAGAACAGCACAACAGUAAACUACAUCAGGCGCGACGGGGACGACCCACGACAACAAGAUGACUACGACCCUUCACGCGGAAGGAACUAGAAUUCUACCUGUGCAGCAGAAGAUGCCCACCACGGCCGCCACUCCGGCGACCUCCAGCCGGAGUGCCAGUGCGCACACAAGACGAGCAGGAGAUGAUGGCAAAUCCUGGUAUCGGCGAGACACCAGGAAGGAGACGCAAAAUCAGGCCCAUGAGCGGCUGUACAGAAUACCGGAGCACAGGAGACCGGGAUUUAAGCCUCCAUUAACAGCCGCCGUGCCCAACUGCGCCGUGUCAAGGCGGCCAAGCAGGAAAUCCUUUCGCCGCGUCGAGUUUCACAACUCCGCGAUGAAACCGACCUUGCUGCAGAGAGAUACGUAUCUACCAUCGAUUUUUUUUCAGCAUGAUGAUGAAUGAUCUCUCUCUCAAACAGGACCUCCAACCAUAUUUUGAAGAGCAGAAUGAGCUGUGCAUUCGGUUCAUCAAAUUCUUACACUGCAGCUCCAAGCCCUACCUCAAUGUCAAUACUUCCAGGUGGUUGCAGCCAGAGCCAGAGCUAACCCUGACCAGAGCAAAUGUUGCGAGAUAUUUCAUGGACAAACUAGAUAAAGGUAUGGUGUCUGGUGCUUGUUUGAUCGUGGUAUCGAUACCGUGCUGUAAAAACGCUUCUAUGUCUACGAGUUACUCUUGUAUCGACAGGGGAAGAUCGAUGCCGCGUGCCACCGUCGACGUAGUCUUGACGCAUUGCAUUUCAACAUCGCACGUGAUAUGUACACUCACAUCCAAUAUCGGUAUUGAAUGUAUUGUAAGAAAUCGUUUACCUUACGUUUACUUAGGUUAUCAGCUCGAGAAAACCAAAACGUGUGGGGCCGGCGGGGGCGCUGCGCGUAGUGCGGGCGGUGCAAAGUGGGACGAUAGAAUAAGGCCAUGGACAAAAGCGGGCUACACGGGGGACUUCCACGACCCAGUCUCAAAUCCGGGCUACGGUCGAGCUCCGUACGGGGGAAUCUUUACGAACUUCCGAUAGAAGAGCUGCUUCUACGGGACGGAGCAUGAUUUUUCCAACGGAAAUUUAUGGACCGAAAAGAAGACGUCGAAACCGAAAGUGAAAAAAGUGCGUGGUCCUCUGUAAAAUUAAGGUGAAACUACUUGCACCACCGCUAUGUACAAUACGAGACAAUACAUGAUUAUGAUUCGGAAGCAAAAAUGAAAACGCUACCAAUGAUAUCAGUAAUUUACCAUUCUUUACACGUUGACGCGACCUUAAGUCGACAGUUACCAUUUGAAAUUUACCAUUAGCAAAACUAACAAGGAACAUUUUGAGGAGUUGUAAAGUGUCAAAAUUAGGCGUAGAAAAUGAAAGAGCAAUUCAUGUAACUUUGCUAUUUUAGAAUACUGAAAUGCACCACAUAGGAACAUCUACGGAUACACCCUGUACAAGAAUAAUUUUUACAAUAUCGAAUUCCCGAACAG